UUUUGACCCCUUUGGCGCUCCGUACCCACACGGGAGAGAAAUCACCGCCCACAGGUCAUGCGGCCUCCACUGUUUUGAUCUUAGACAGCUCGUAUAACCAGGGCAGAGAUGACGGAAGACUGGAAGUCCGGGUAGCUACACUUCAAGAAGUCGCCCUGUGACCGCAAUAAAAAUCAUUUCUUCUGAAUAAGUCAGAGGCAGUGCGGGAAGCUGGCAGCUUUGUGCGGUACUCGGUUCCGCCCGGAUGACAUGGAGGUCUCUGCGGAGGGAGAGGCGGAAGAGCGGAGGAGGGAGCAAUGGAAGCUGCUGUCCAGCCUGAAGACCACAGUAGAGGGUCUCGUUUCCACCAACAAUCCCAAUGUGUGGUCGCGUUACGGCGGCCUAGAGCGGCUGCACAAGGACAUGAACAACAUCCUGAGCCAUGGACUGAAGAAUGAACAGGUUUACUACAAGCAGAGAGACUACUGGCCCUUUGUGUGGUGUGUUCGCUACAUCAGCCCCCAUCUUGCCUCGCAUGUUGAACAGUUCAGUCACCUGGAGCCGAUUGUCAGCGGUGGGAUGAAGAUGGCCGGUGAAAGCUACAAGGCAGAGCGCUGGCUGCUUCACAGCCUACAGGUCCACAUGCUGUCGGCUCAGCUCCGACCACUCCUCCGUCAUCUGGGACAUACGCGCAAAUUCUACAGCGAUUAUGCCUUUGUGCUGAGCGAGCCGCAUGUGACUGCCAUGUUCCAGUGUCUGGAAGCUGUGGAGCAGAAUAACCCCAAACUGUUGGCCCAAGUAGACACUGUCGGGCUGUCCCCUCUGAAGGGCCCUCCAUGUAUGGGCCUGUUGAAGAGCCAGAGCCUGUGUGUGCUGCCAGGGGCCGGUGGGGCUUGGAGGAUUGCGGACUUGGCUCUCAGAGCAGAACCUCUAAAUCGGAGACUCACCACCUCCAACUGUUCCCUCCGAGAAGCAGUCGUCACCACCAGCCACAACUCUGGGAGCACUACGGGCGUCGGACCCCAAAACGGCAACAGCACAAACACUACCUCUACCCCAGCCAGCAGCCUGGGAGCUCCCUGGGUGUGUGUGUCCAGGCCAGAAAAGAGCGAGCAAGGUGUGACGCCCCCUCCUGGCACGAUCUCGGUACCUUGCAUUUCCCUCACGGAGCCGCUCCUGCCCACCUCCCUUCAGCCUGAGGCAGGGGACUCCUGUGAUGGGGACUACGAUGAUGGUCCAGAGUACCUGGCUAUUGGUAACCUUGGACAACGCAGUCGCCGUGACUCCAGGGGCUCUACCCACAGUAGCGAGCAGGGGGAGACCCAGGACCAGCCCCUGCAACGGGGUUCCCUGCUUCCGCCCCAACCCAGACGCUCAUCCUUCUCAGAGGGCCAGAGGGGGCCGAGUCGGGAGUCCCGAGGACACACACGCUCGUUUUCUGACACAGGGGUCAAUCAGAAACUCAGGAAUGGAGGUGGCCACCGAAAAAUCACCAUAAUAAUAGAAGAUCCGGUAGCAGAAUCAGCUGGACAGGACUGUUUGAAGGACUACAGCCCCUUCACGACCCCGCACAGUGAUGCCAGCUCCCCCGGCUCACUCUACAUGGAGUCUCAUGGGUCUCAGUACAGCAGCAUUCCAGAUGGGAUGUUCAGGAAGCCAUCAGAGGGUCAGAGCCUCAUCAGCUACCUGUCAGAGCAGGACUUUGGCAGCUGUGCUGACCUUGAAAAGGAGAACGCUCAUUUCAGCAUUUCAGAGUCCCUUAUUGCUGCCAUCGAGCUGAUGAAGUACAACCUGCGGCGUCAGGAGGAGGAGGGCGAGGAGGAGGGAGACAGUGACUCUGAGAUUCAGCAGCUCAAACAGAAGAUCCGUCUACGGAGGCAGCAGAUCCGGCACAGUCGGCUGCCGCCCUGCGCGACCUCCCAGCACAUUUUCCAUUCCACUGACAGUGGCGGCUCCAGGAGGAGCUCUCAGGACUCCUGUCAGGGCCUGUCGGACUCCGGCUCGGCUGAGGAGGUGGAGGAAUGCGAGCUACGAGAUGGCUGUGAGGGUCAGUCCCUGCUGGCGGUGUCUCAGAGCGGCCUCUCCCUGUCACUCGCCUCCCUCUUCUCAGAUGCAGACAUUAAACGCAGCGUAAGCUCCAGCGGCAGGUCUUUCCUCAGCUCAGAUUCCAUUUCUCCAUCCUUCCUCCAGUCAAACUCCGCUGAGUCGGUAGCGAUGGGUUUACUCCGGCAGUUUGAAGGAAUGCAGCUUCCCGCAGCCUCGGAGCUUGACUGGCUGGUCCCAGAACACGACGCUCCGCAGAAGCUGUUGCCCAUCCCCGACUCUCUGCCCAUCUCACCUGAUGAUGGCGAACACGCAGACAUCUAUAAGCUGAGGAUUCGAGUCCGAGGCAACCUUGAGUGGGCGCCGCCCCGACCGCAGAUCAUCUUCAACAUUCAUCCAGCCCCAAAGAGGAAGAUCGUUGUUUCCAAACAGAACUACCGCUGCGCUGGCUGUGGCACACGCAUCGAUCCCGAUUAUAUCAAGCGACUGCGUUACUGUGAAUACCUCGGCCGUUACUUCUGCCAGUGCUGCCAUGAGAACGCCCAGGCGGUGGUGCCCGGCAGAGUGUUGAGGAAGUGGGACUUCAGCAAGUACUAUGUCAGCAACUUUGCCCGGGAUCUGCUGAGCAAGAUCGCAGGAGACCCGCUGUUCAACCCCAGUGACAUCAACAGCGGUCUGUACAAGAAGAUCAAAGCUCUUGAGGCCGUCAGGGUUUUGAGGAUGCAGCUGUUUCACAUGAAAAAUCUCUUCAAGACGUGCCGCUUUGCUAAAGAGGUGCUGGAACAGUUCGACAGCCUUCCUGGUCACCUGACAGAAGAUCUUCACCUCUUCUCCCUCAAUGACCUCAGUGCCGUGCGCAACGGAGACCUGGCUCCCCGAAUGAAAGAGCUGCUUAAACUUGGUACCAUACAUGCAGCUGGCUGUGUGCUGUGCCAGGCCAAGGGCUUUGUGUGUGAGUUCUGCGGCAAUGACAAAGACAUCAUCUUCCCCUUCCAGCUGAACAAGUGCCAGCGCUGCGAAGAGUGCCACGCGUGUUACCAUCGCAACUGCUUCCGGGCGGGGAAAGACUGCCCUCGAUGUCAGCGGCUGGCAGAGCGGAGGGAGAGGAUGGCGCGCAAAAACAUGGAGGAGCAAGAGGACGAGGGAGGUGGGACCCAGUCAUAACUCAGAGACAAAUGAUGAUGAGCACAAUGCGACCAUGAUUGUAGUGACAGAACACCUCUCUACGUUCCAGCCCGCUCAGACCUGGGUGACAAUACUCGUUGAAAGCGAAUGAUUUGAUCUGCAGAAGUGUGCCACAUGUGCAGCUUUUUGCUACAUUAGAUGUGUGAGUGAUAUGUGAGACAUCAGCAGGAUCACUGAUUUUUCAUGGCUGCUGAUUUUCAGCUGCAUUGAGUUUAAUCUAAGCCCCUUUCACACCUGCACUUUACUCUGUGUGUAGGGAUCAGUUUUUAGUGCCGUUUACUAAUCAAGACUCUUUUCAAGGAAACAUAGCUUUAAGAAAAAUUUUACUUUUCUCUUUAAUAAGACAUCCAGUCCAAUAUAUUCAUACUUAAUGUAUUAUUAAUUUUUAACAAGAAAUAAUGUGAUUCCUUUUCCCCAGUCGUCUUGAGAAACACUGCGUACAAAGAACUGUGGAGACAAACUAAUCCACGCACAGAAAUCUAAGUGUGAAAAAACUAAACGUCCUGGCACUGUGUCCCUUUGUAUUCAAACUAAUAUAUUCCCAUUUCAGGAGAUGAGAUAAACACGUAUUUGCGUAGACUGUUGUACCCAGGUUUGAAAUUCCUCCUUCCUUCAACUGCAGCUUCUGGCCACUGCUUCAACUCUGAUCUUUUUAAUAGCUACUGGCUUAGCUGAAGUUUGUUGUUUAUUUUGGGGUUUUUUUGCGGCCUAAAACUGCAGGAAUUGUUUUAAAAAACGAAUCAAAUGGCAAGUAAAAUGUAGAUCUCUUUUAUGAUUUGAUAGAUUUUCAGUGCAUACACUGUAUUGAGAAAUCCAGGAGGGUUUUAUUAUCAUCUGAAAGAUAUCGGAGCUAUUUAACCACUCCUUUCUUUUUGCUUGCCAGUGUUCAGUAUUUUUAACGUUAUUUUAGCCACACGUACAAUAUGUGCCUGUGGGACCAAUGAACUUAGACUGGUAGAGCUGGUGGAGUUACAUUGGCACGUUUAAUUUAUAGAAGGGCUGGGUCAAUGUUGCAAAUAUUUUUAAUGAAACUGCAAAUGCUCCUACUUUGUGCUGCUUUGAGUGAUUGGGUGUGUGUGAGUGUGAGUGUGUGGUUACUAGAAAAAGCUUUGUGUGAGUGUGUGUGCACAUGUCUACCUGCUGCUCAAGCAGCCAUGCACAAAAGGUUUGCACCAGCCUAAUCAGCACUUGCCUGUUUUCUAACAUUUUGUAAUAGAAUAAGAGAGAGAGAGAGAGAGUGAGUGUGUCCAGGUGAUUGCACUGAUCAUGUCUGUUUUUGUUUUUGUUGUUGUUGGUGGGGAGAGUUUGAGGCGUCACACUUUGGAGAAUAUAUUUUUUGUUCAUUUCUAAGAACACAAACCAUAGCAGUGAAAAAGUUACUGUUUCUGUCAGGGAGCUCUUGUCACCUGGGCUGCACUUUAUUGUAAAAUAAGAGAUCCGUAGUUUGAUGAAUAAAAAACAUCCUCUUGGAGAGGAUGGAGAACAAUCCUGAUCAAAGUGCAUACAUCAAUUCUUUUUAUUUAAAUGGUUUUUCUCCUGCAACAGAUUUUAGAUAAUAAGUCUAGUACAGUGGUUCCCAACCUGACUGACUUUUUUACAUGAAUGGUUUGACAUUUUUUAUAUAAUAAUAAAUAAUGUAGCUCAGCUUAGCAUGAAAACUGCAAACUGCUAGCAAGUACUCCUUCUGCCUCUAUUGCCAUUACUUAAUAUGAACACGUUGUAUUCUUACAAAAAUUGGCGUUACGUGUUUUUACUACUAUUUCAAGAGUAUUUCACUGUCGGGAUCCCGUCACUUCUUGCAAUCCCUGUUUAUUUCCAGACAACCUGUAGUGCUAAAAACAGGCUGCUGACUCUCAACUUCCAUCUGCUGCAUUGCAAAGAAGCAUUCAAAUGUCAUUCUUCAAAAAUUUUGAACUAUUCCUUUAAUUAGAGCAACAUUUACAUGUGUACCUUUUUCCACACGGUUUUAACCAGCUUAACCAAACCAGCUUUUUUCCUUUUAAUGUACUUGAUAGUUUCUUAAUAGCUGAAAACUUGUUGGAGUAGAGCAGAUAUCGGAAAUGUUGGUGUGUUAUUAACACAACCAUGUUUUUCUGCACUUUCAAACAUCUGAUGGUCCCAUCAAAUAAACUGUGGUGGCUGGGAACCACUGAGCUAAAAAACAUGGAACACGCCUUUUACUACUAAUUUGCACUUUUUAAUUAUUUGUCGAGGCUAUUUUUGCUUCCACGGCCCCAUACAAGUUGUUUCAAUGGUGUAUUUGUGAUAAAUUAGAUUUACAAUAAGAAGAAAUGAAAUUCAUCCCAUAGGUAAUGACUAGAAGAAAACAAACAAAUGAAGAACAUGUGCAACCCACAGAUUGAAGCCCUGACUUAUGAAAGGAUAAAGCUCCAGAGGACAUCCUCAACAGCAUUUCCUCUUUCACGAGGUAAACAAACUGUCAUGAGACUUCCUGAAGCGACACGUGUCAUAUUCACCUCCCUAAGCCCUCACAGAAAGAUACUAACUGCAUUUAAACGAAAACACAGAACUCUUUAGCUCCUGAACAAAGUGACGCCCGAACCCUGCUCCUCUCAGCAGACUGUUUGUCCUUAAAGACUGCCCUUAACAUGGAGGCGUGUGGAGGUUUAAAGUGCACUACAGAAUAAAAUGUCUGUUAUUAAAACAUUUUAAUCUUCUUUAUUUUGAUUAUCUUUAUUGUUUGUAUUAAUUUGCCUUCGUUCUGUAAUUAUGUUGACAAUAAAAGACUGGCUAGACUGUU